GGAAACGAAAACAGUGAAAGUCUGGAAAAAACAGACUCAAUAGAACACCAUCCUUAUUCCUUUCAUCGAGGCGAUUACAGUGAUAAUGAAGAUUUAGACAAGAAUACUAAGCACAACCAUCGACAUAAAAAUAUCGAAUACGGGGAUCUCGACGAUCAUCAAAAAGAAAACAGCGAUAAAGUUGAAUUAUACGAUAACACCAAGCAAGAGAAAGUUGUCGAUAAUAUCCAGCAAGACACUAAACAUCACGAUCACAAAAAAUCUGCAGGAGGCGGUCAUGGAGGUAGCUAUAAAAAAGGUGGAGGCAAC